GACCAUUUCAUUAUUGGCACAGCCAAGCGCAGUGAAUGGGCGGGGGGUUAGAGCUCCAAAUACAAGUACCCCGGCGCCGUGCAGCCGCUUCCCCACCCCGCAGUUCCCAGCUGAGACCUCAGCGCCUGUUUAGCGCCAUCUACAGGCCGGGGCAGCGCGAGUGACUUGGGUUGCUGAGAAGAGCUUGCCCAGCAGAGAAUUACUGGAACAGCCGAUAUAGUAAGGCAGGGCAACAUGGCAGCUGCUAAAUCUCAAGACCAGUGGUCACAAGAGGAUGUCCUGACUCUCCUACAGGCCAUGAAGGCAAUCAUUCCCAGCCCAGAUAUCAGUGAAUUUAAAGCCACUGAGUACCACUUGGACUGGAACAACCUGGCCUUUAAAAAUUACUCCGGCUCAAUGUGCCGCCAAAAGUGGAUGGAUCUUACUGCAAAGCAACAGGUUAGGAAACACCGAACCCUUGAAGAGUUGGUCUUGGACGCUGAGAAACAUGUACAAAAUCUCUCCAAAAGUCCAAAGAACUAUGUGGAACCUCUCAGAAACCCACUCAAGAAACCCCUCACUCCAUAUAUCCGCUUCUUCUUGGCAAAGAGACCUAAAUAUGUAACACAGUACCCAAACUUGAGCACCGUGGAUCUCACCAAGGUUCUCUCUAAAGAAUUCAGAGAGCUUCCAGCUGAACACAAGGUCAAGUAUUUUCAGGACUUCCAGAUAGAGAAACUGGAGUAUAACAUCAACUUGGCAAUAUUCAGGAAGAAGAGUUCUGAUCUGCUGAAAAACCUAAAUAAAUCUAAUGUCUUAGAAAAGCAGUCCAGUAUUGCACAAAGCCCAAAGAAUUCCAGUGUGGCACAAAGCCCAAAUAAUUCCAGUGUGGCACAAAGCCCAAAGAAUUCCAGUGUGGCACAAAGCCUAAAGAACUCCAGUGUGGCACAAAGCCUAAAGAACUCCAGUGUGGCACAAAGCCCAAAGAACUCCAGUGUGGCACAAAGCCUAAAGAACUCCAGUGUGGCACAAAGCCUAAAGAACUCCAGUGUGGCACAAAGCCUAAAGAACUCCAGUGUGGCACAAAGCCCAAAGAAUUCCAGUGUGGCACAAAGCCCAAAGAAUUCCAGUGUGGCACAAAGCCUAAAGAACUCCAGUGUGGCACAAAGCCCAAAGAAUUCCAGUGUGGCACGAAGCCCAAAGAAUUCCAGUGUGGCACAAAGCCCAAAGAAUUCCAGUGUGGCACAAAGCCUAAAGAACUCCAGUGUGGCACAAAGCCCAAAGAAUUCCAGUGUGGCACAAAGCCCAAAGAACUCCAGUGUGGCACAAAGCCUAAAGAACUCCAGUGUGGCACAAAGCCUAAAGAACUCCAGUGUGGCACAAAGCCUAAAGAACUCCAGUGUGGCACAAAGCCCAAAGAACUCCAGUGUGGCACAAAGCCCAAAGAAUUCCAGUGUGGCACAAAGCCCAAAGAAUUCCAGUGUGGCACAAAGCCCAAAGAAUUCCAGUGUGGCACAAAGCCCAAAGAACUCCAGUGUAGCUCAAAGCCUAAAUAACUUGCAAAACCAAAAGAACUCCAGUGUGGCACAAAGCCCCAGCACAUCUGAAGUCCCAAGAAAAAGUCCCAGAGUGGUGAAAAGAUCCAGCAUGUCUAAAGCCCCAGAAAAUAGUUCCAGAGUGGGGCAAAGCCCCAGCACAUCUGAAGUCCCAAGAAAAAGUUCCAGAGUGGCGCAAAGCCCCAGCACAUCUGAAGUUCCAGGAAAAAGUCCCAGAGUGGUGAAAAGAUCCAGCAUGUCUAAAGCCCCAGAAAAUAGUUCCAGAGUGGGGCAAAGCCCCAGCACAUCUGAAGUCCCAAGAAAAAGUUCCAGAGUGGCGCAAAGCCCCAGCACAUCUGAAGUCCCAAGAAAAAGUUCCAGAGUGGCGCAAAGCCCCAGCACAUCUGAAGUUCCAGGAAAAAGUCCCAGAGUGGUGAAAAGAUCCAGCAUGUCUAAAGCCCCAGAAAAUAGUUCCAGAAUGGGGCAAAGCCCCAGCACAUCUGAAGUCCCAAGAAAAAGUCCCAGAGUUGCGAAAAGAUCCAGCAUGUCUAAAGCCCCAGAAAAUAGUUCCAGAGGGGCGCAAAGCCCCAGCACAUCUGAAGUCCCAAGAAAAAGUUCCAGAGUGGCACAAAGCUCCAGCAAAGCUGAUGUGCCAGAAAAGCAUUCUGAUGAUGAUGAUGAUGAAUGUCCUAUCACAUUGGAUGCCACAGGAACUUCCCAGACUACUCAGAAGCGGCAACAGAGAAAGCGCAAAGAUGAAACCAAUGAUGAAUCGGGAUCUGGUUCCAAGAAGUUUUAAUUAGCAAGAAUUUCUUCUGUGGCUUCAGAACAAAGAGUCUCCUGUUCCCUCUUCCCCUCGGGGCUGUUGGGGGUUUUUGUAUGAAACCGGCAUCGGAUCUGCGGCACUUUGCAGGGAGGCCUUAGGCUGCCGGCCAAGCUAUUAGGAGGCUAAUGGCACGUCUGGAUCUUCUUUGUUGCACAGAAUCUCUUGCUCCAUUUGCUGUUAUACAUUUGGGUUCCUGGAGUUUGUGUCUGUCAUAUGUUCAGUCAGUGGAGUAACUGACAUAAACAUUGUCUUCUGUAAAAGCAACAGUAACACCAAAAAAAUUGUGUUACUGUUCCUUUAACAGCCGGUGUCCUGUUGUCUGACCUGUACCUUGAACAUUGCAGUGUUUAUAAACAUAUGUUUAUUAUCAUUAUGGACAGUUACUGGUUAAUAAAGCAUAUUUUUUGUUCA